AUGGCGGCUACCGGGAAGAAUGAGAAUAAUGGAAUAUUUCCUCUGGCAUAUGGUAUUGUAUCAGCUGAAACUGUUGAGAAUUGGCAUUGGUUCUUGAAGAAACUAGAAUCUAUCUUGGGUCCUCGUGUACAUUUGAAGAAUAAUGUCCGCAGUAAGACCAACAAGAAAAAGGGAGAGCAUUUUGCUGCGAUGGGUUUGUUCAAAGAAUGUUUCUAUUCAUCGACUCAUGAAGGCUUUGAUCAGGGUAUGCAAAAGUUGAAGGAUAUGGGAUGUGAUGGUCUUCACAAAUUCUUGAGUGAGAUUCCAGUGGAAUGUUGGUCCAAUGCACAUUGUCUGGGCUGUCGUUACGGCGACAUGUGUUCAAACAUUGCAGAGUCCUUCAACUCUUGGAUCAAGGAAGCAAAAGGUAUGCCUAUUGCAACACUUGUUAACUGGAUCAGGCUUAAAAUUAUGGAACAGAUGAGUACAAGGAAGAGGAAGGGGGCGACGUAUAAAGGAUUCAUUUGUCCCAUGCUAGAGAAAAAAGUGUUGGCUUCCAUUCGUGCUGGUGUCCAGUGGAGAAUAACCAAGUCUGUUGACAUGGAGUGGGAAGUUUUUGAUGGAAAGCACACGCAUGCUGUUAAUAUUGCGAGGUUUCAGUGCAGCUGUAGGGUUUGGUUUAUUGUGCAGUUCCCUUGUGAUCACGCUAUUGCGUGUAUGCAUUCAAACAACAUCAACGUUUACGAGUACAUUAAUCCGUAUUUCAGCAUUUAUAGCUUCUGUGCUUCGUAUGAUCGUCCUAUCAAGCCCAUUCCUGAUUACGACAAUCCUAUUGAUGUUGCUACUGGAGAUCUCGUGAACCCACCAACUGUCGUAGGAAAAAAACAUGGUAGGCCGAAGAAGAAGCGGAUUCCUAACACAAGUAGUGCAAGUUUCAAGAGACCAAUUACGUGUGGUAACUGCCAUACUCAGGCACAUCAUAACAAGACGACGUGA